CAGGAUCCAGAGAUGGCAUCAGUGAAGCUGGAAGACUGCAGUCCAACACUGGAGCUGAAUGUCACCCUUAAAGAUGAAGAAGAGGAGGAGAAGAUUAGGACAACUGUUAGUCAUGGAUACCAUGUUGAGACAUUCUCCACAUCCAGAGAGCAACAGCAGGAAGAUCAGAGAGCUAAGAGUUCUCAUCACUGCCCACAUUGUGAAGAGAUUUUCCCAUUUCUAUCAAAGCUAAAAAUACACCUAAAAAUACACACAGAAGAGAAGCCUUACUCCUGCUCUGACUGUGGAAAAUGUUUUAAAACAUUAGGUUAUAUAAAGGUUCACCAGAGAACACACACAGGAGAGAAGCCUUUCUUCUGCUCUGACUGUGGGGCGAGUUUCUCUCAGCUGGGCACCUUAAAAACACACCAACGUAUACACACAGGAGCGAAGCCUUAUUCCUGCUCUGACUGUGGAAAAUGUUUUAAAACAUCAAAUAAGCUAAAAGUUCACCAGAGAACACACACAGGAGAGAAGCCUUACAUCUGCUCUGACUGUGGGGCGGGUUUCUCUCAGCUGGGCAACUUAAAAACACACCAACGUAUACACACAGGAGCGAAGCCUUAUUCCUGCUCUGACUGUGGAAAAUGUUUUCUAACAUUAUGUGAGCUAAAGGUUCAUCAGAGAACACACACAGGAGAGAAGCCUUACGUCUGCUCUGACUGUGGAACAUGCUUCAAGACAUCAACUCAUCUAAAAGUUCAUCAGAGAACACACACAGGAGAGAAGCCUUAUUCCUGCUCUGACUGUGGAAAACGUUUUAAAACAUCAAAUGAGCUAAAAGUUCACCAGAGAACACACACAGGAGAUAAGCCUUACUUCUGCUCUGACUGUGGGAAGAGUUUCUCUCACCAGAGCAGCUUAAAAACACACCAACGUAUACAUUAACUUCAUGUGUGUACC